GUUCUUACUUCCUGCUUCCGGUUGUCGCUGGGAGUUGACGCUUUGCAGUUUCGCCGUGUUGACAGAAUAAUAACGUGGCAAUGAACUGAGAUAUUGUCUGAAAUCUAUUCCUGAGUGGAUUAUUAGCUCCCCGAGCUGCAGCGUCGCCGUUUCUGACACUUUAUUUAAUUAAUUUAUAAACUUGUCGAGGCGUGAAGACGGAAUCCGACAUGCAGUUUUCUCCCAGCAGCGGAGAUUUUACCUUCGUGUCCUCCACUGGAGCUGAAGAGCUGAGUGGGACGAUCGAUGCCCCGGAUGUGAAGCUGAACAUGGGCAGCGAUCACAGCCGAGACGCUUACGCCGCUAACUUCCUGCGGCAGAGAGGAUACGGGUGGCUGCUGGAGGUGGAGGAGGACGAGGCGGAGGAGACCAAACCUUUACUUGAGGAGCUGGACAUUGACCUGAAGGAUAUCUACUAUAAGAUCCGGUGUGUGUUGAUGCCGAUGCCGUCUCUGGGCUUUAACAGGCAGGUGGUCAGAGAUAACCCUGAUUUCUGGGGGCCGCUGGCCGUCGUGCUGCUUUUCUCCAUGAUCUCCAUCUACGGACAGUUCCGCGUGGUGUCUUGGAUAAUCACCAUUUGGAUCUUCGGAUCGUUGACGAUCUUCCUGCUGGCCAGAGUGCUCGGUGGAGAGGUUUCUUACGGUCAGGUGCUGGGUGUGAUCGGAUACUCGCUGCUCCCUCUCAUCGUCAUCGCGCCCUUACUGCUGUUUACUGGAGCGUUUGAAAUCGUCUCUACGCUCGUAAAGCUGUGCGGUGUGUUCUGGGCGGCGUACAGCGCUGCGUCGCUGCUCGUCAGUGAUGAGUUCAAAACGAAGAAGCCGCUCCUCAUCUACCCCAUCUUCCUGUUGUACAUCUACUUCCUGUCCCUGUACACCGGCGUCUGAUUGGCCGACGGGCCUUCAUCGGCACUUUGAUUGGACACUGACUCGGGCGGACGCUACGGGACGGGGGACGAGUCACAUGACGCAGGCGACGGAGCAUGGAUUUUCAUUUUUAUUUUAAUUUUUUUGUCCUUUUUGGUGUACAGAGUUACUGUAUUUAAUGUACCAGAUUCGCUUUAGCUUUUCUCGAGCGCCGAAGCUGCGUUCGGGUUCCGCUCGUCGCGGCGCUCGUUAUUGUGUGUCCUGGAGCAGAGGAGUGUGUAUUCUCUCCCUGUCGCUGAUUAAAAACCGACAGAAGCGUUUAUUUCUCUAAUGUAUUGAGGUUUCUGGGAGAUUUUCUGUACUGUAAAGAAAUUUCACUUACAGUAAAAACACAUCUUUGCUGAUUUGUUUUUGUAUAAAGAGGAAGAGUGUGUGAAGAAGGCGUGCCUUUAGGACUGGUUUUAUACGGCUGAGGUUGAUCUGAUCAGACUGUAAAUGUAGCCAAAACGGGAUUUAAUGGAGAAAAUAACUCCGUAAACAACGACUUUAUAUUUAGCAGUUUCACAAAAAACACAUGCAGGAUUUUCUUUUAAAAAAAUCUGUGACAUUGUGAUGUUCAUGUACAGCUCAUUAUUACAAUUAAAACACAUUUAUGUCUCAUGA